UUUCAAUCCAAAUAUCAUUUUGAAAUCUAAAGCCAAGACUAAUCCAAAAAUGGAGGACGUAAUCCAAAAAUGGCAUAAUCAUUUUUCCCGUGCCCUGCAACCCCUCGAAAUUAUGAAAGUUUGUCUGCUUCAUCCUCAACUACUCACAUUCAAGAGUUCCCCGUAUUCCAUAUUCUAUCUUGUACGUAUCUCCUUACCCGCUCACUUCCAUCACUGAAUUUGAUUAUGCAGAAGAAUAACAGUUUGUAUUAAUCCGUAAAACAGGAGCAGUUUGUCUCUGUGUGUGGAAUUGCUUCCCUAGCUGUUCUGCUGGGUGAUAACAAUUGAACCCUAUUCUGAUCUGAUAAAACUUACGGAGUAUAAUUCAGAGACCCGUUUUGUGAAUAUUGGAUCUUGAUUUGGAUGCAAGUGUUCACUGUACUUACUGUAUAGCUGAAAAUGGAUUUGUCGCAAGAUGCUAAGAUCCCUGCUUAUAAGUAUAGUGGAGGAGCAUACCUAGCUUAUGCAAUUCUUCCAUUGUUGAAGCUUAUCUGUUUGACAGUUAUUGGUAUAAUUCUCGCCCACCCAAAAACAAAAAUUGUCCCCAAAGCCACAUUCAAGCUUCUUGGCAAGCUUGUCUUUGCUCUAUUCCUCCCUUGUACCAUAUUCAUUCACCUUGGGGAAGCCAUCACUCUCAAGAACUUCUUGCUUUGGUGGUUCAUACCGGUGAAUGUGAUUUUAAGUGUCCUGGUUGGUAGUUUAUUGGGAUAUCUGGUGACAAAGAUAUGCAGGACGCCACCUGAAUUCAAACGGUUCACUAUAAUCGCAACUGCGUACGGCAACUCUGGAAAUCUUUCCCUUGCAAUUGUUGGGUCAGUCUGUCAUACUGCAGAUAAUAUCUUCGGCCCGAACUGUCAAAGUAAUGGUGUGGCAUAUGUAUCGUUCUCCCAAUGGGUCUCAGUCCUUCUUGUGUACACUCUUGUUUAUCUAAUGAUGGAGCCACCAUUGGAUUAUUACGAUGUUGUUGAGGAAGAAGGUGUUGAGAUUCAAGAGCAACAAUUGCCGCCGGCUAAUGAUCUUAGUAGACCGCUUCUUCUAGAAGCCGAGUGGCCCGGGAUGGGAGAAAACGAGACCGAACAUUGCAAGACCCCAUUCGUAGCAAAAAUCUUCUCAACUGUCUCCAAUAUCUCGCAGAGUUCGAUCCCGGAUCCUGAUAGUCCUACACAACUCAGAUCAAUCGCGUGUUUGGCUGAGCCACGUGUGGUGAGGAAGAUGAGAAUCGUCGUGGAGCGGAUCCCGAUCCAGCGGGUCCUUCAGCCACCGAUGUUUGCCACAUUAUUUUCUUUUGUUGUCGGGAUGACACCACCACUCAAAUCUUUUGUUUAUGGUGAUGAUGCCCCUCUCUCAUUUCUAACGGACAGUUUGGAGAUAAUGGCACAAGCUAUGGUGCCUUCAGUCAUGCUUAUUCUUGGAGGAAUGUUAGCCGAGGGUCCUAAUGAGUCUAAGCUUGGGGUUCGGACCACCGUGGGUGUGAUUGUUGCCAGGCUUUUGGUGCUUCCUGUGUUGGGAAUCGGGGUGGUUACUUUGGCUGACAAGGCAGGAAUUUUGAUCCCAGAUGAUGAAAUGUACCGUUUUGUCCUCCUGUUGCAGUACACAACGCCUACGGCGAUCUUGUUGGGAGCAGUGGCUCAUUUGAGAGGGUAUUCAGUCAGUGAAGCAUCAGCACUACUCUUCUGGCAACAUCUGUUUGCUUUAUUGUCUCUUUCUAUAUACAUGAUCGUGUAUUUCAAGCUACUGCUUUCUUGAAGUAAGCUUGGCAGUUAUACAACUUAUUUUUAUACAAUAAAGUUGUUUUUCCUAGCAUCAAGUUUGCCAAUGGAAUGUUUGUAUUUUUAUAUUAUUUUUUCUCCCUGCUAUAAAGGAACUUGCUUGUAGCCUUUGCGCCAUGAGUAUGAUAUCAUCUAUCAGUUUGCGCUGUCAGUGCAUUUGGGAUGUUGAGCUUCCCAUUGAUACUUGUACAAUUUAGUACAGUUCAUGUAUAUUGAAUAAAAUGCAUAAUUAGUCAACUUGAGAUUGAUA